UAGGUAUGUGGAUAAUUUGGAAAAGAAAUGUAAAAAGAUGGAACAAUUAUUAAUAAAAUUGACCAAUACAACAAUCAAAGAUCUUGAACGAAAUGAUUUUAAUACAACAACAACAACAACAACAACAACAAAAUCUUAUCAACAUCAUCAAAGAAAUAUAUCUGAUCCAGCUUCUAUGAUAUCUGAUUCUACUAGUGAUGAAGAUGAAGAUGAUGAACAAGAUCGAUUAUCCACUUGUACAAUGACUAAAAACAAAUCAUCACCACCUCUUCUUGUUCAACAUUCUGAUCCAAUGGAUUCUUUUUCAACUCGAUUAGAAAAAUUGGAUAUUCAAGAUUAUGAUGGUAUCAAAUAUACAGGUAAAUCUGCUGGUCUUCAACUUAUUGAUCAAGAUCUAUUCAAAUCGAAAUCCUUUAUUCCCUGGCCUGGAAGACAAGAUAUGGUAUUGCAAAUGAUGGCAGAUGAUCAACUCAUGGUAGUACGUACUGAAAAAUCUCCUACUACUGGUAAAGUCGGUACUCGUUUGGAUGUUGGUAUUUCUAUUAGUUCUUCCAUUGGAACAAAUCAUUCAUCUUCUCCUAUUUUAUCCAAUCAUCAAUAUGACAACAAACCUUCAAAAUCUCUGAUUGAUAAUAUGAUUGAAUUAUAUUUUACUCAUCUUCAUGUGGUUUUACCUAUCAUCAACAAGAGUCGCUUCUUACAACUUUAUCAUUCUCAAUCUUCAACAUUACCCAAAGUUUUAUUACAAGUUAUACUUGCCUUAUCCUUUCGAUUUGCAUCUCAACAUGAUCAACUUUUAUCCAAUAGCAAUACCACUACCACGAUGGCUGAACGCUAUGCUGAUUACUUUUUCCGGAAAGUGAUGAAACGGUUACGGGACUCUGUACGGUCAAGACUGUGUUACGUCCAAGCAGGCUUAUUAGCAACUCUGUACCUCGACAUGGAUAGUAGUGAUGUGGAUUCUAUCCAAUGGCAUACCUUGGGUAAGACGAUUCGAAUGGCGCAAGAUUUAGGAUUACAUCGAUCCUGUGAACAUUGGCAAUUACCUUCUGAUGAAAUUGAAACUCGACAUCGAGUAUUUUAUGCCUGUUAUAUUUUGGAUCGUUGGAUUGGUGCUCGUGCUGGAAAACCUUUGACUAUUUUGGAUCGUGAUUUUGAUACCACUUUACCCUCUGCUUAUGAAGUUGACCAAAAUGACUCAAACAAGAAAUUACCUGUGUACCGGGCUUUUGUACUCUGGAUUAAAUUAUCUGAAAUUCUUGGCAGGGUCUUGAAGGCUUUUUAUGCUCCCAGUGCCAAGAUUGCUAAUUCAAAUGCCAACUUGGAUGAUCCUAUGAUCUUGGUGGUAUUUGAUCGUCGUUUGAAACAUUGGAAAUCCUUAUUGGAAGAACCUAUGGAUGGAAUCAUGUUGCCUCGUGCUCAAAAUGUUAGUCUUCAAAUUUAUUACAACACGGUGAUCUUGUUAUUACGCCGUCCUUUUUUAUCUAUGACAACUACUUCUCCACCAACAGGAAAAUCAUCAUCGGAUCAACUGGUUACUGAAUCUUAUCAAGUCGGAUUGGAAGCUGCUAACAAUAUUGCUCAACUAGUUCAACAAAGCAAAUCAUUAUCUACCAAUAUACAUAAUAGUGAUAUCUCGGCAAGUAUGCAUUUUUUCCCUACUUGUUAUGUCUAUGCCAUGUUCCUCUCAUCUUUGGUACAUUUUGCCAUUGUUCUUCAAGAUCGUUCCAUAUCGGAUAAUCGAAAUGCUCUCUUGGCCUCGAUUUCUUUGAUUCAAUCUCUUCAUUAUCUCUCUGCAUCUCGUCGUGCUUUGGAAAUCCUCAACAUGCUAGUCACCAUUUAUGAAUUGAAAGAUGACGGCGACGAUGACCAUCUACAUCAUACCUUCAUCAAACAAGAAUAUACUCAAGAACAAGAACAUCAACGUAUGUUUACGAAUCAUUUUUAUGAACCGACAUCAUCUUUGACAUAUGGACAAGAUAACGAUUCUAUUCUCUCAUUGCAACAACACCAUCAUCAUCAGCAGCAGCAGCAGCACAAUACAGAUUAUCAUCAUCAACAAGAAGAACAUUCAUUUAAUAUUGCAUCUCAACCAACCACCGCCACAUCUUUCAAACAAGGCGAAAUGCCAAAAUCACAUUGGUUUCAACGUUACGUCAAUACAAGUGUUGUAGGAGGUGUACCUGCGGAAAUUCAACAUGAAGUGGAAAACGAUUUAUCCCAUCAGCAUCAACCUACAAAUACUUCAUCCACCACCAUUGUGCCUUCUUACGUGUAUUCAGCAAAUACUACCAAUUCAACAGUAACGACAUCCGUGGGGACACCAAUUCCAAGUCAUCAUCAUCAUCAUCAUCCUGAUCCUUUACUUUAUACUCAAAGCUAUUUACCCUCAUCAACACAAACACAGACAAAUACUAUGGAUGACCCAACAUUUGUGACAUCUACCUCUACCACCAACACUCCAUUCACAAAAUCUCAUCAACCGCACCUUACUUCUACCUUAUCAUCACCACAAAAAUCUUCACCUACUGACUUGGCUUUAUCAUCACCUUCACCUUCACCUGCCUCCUUAACGUCUACACUACACAGACCAUUCGCUCCCAAUACAGUCAUGCAACAACAACAACAACAAUCUUCUUCUUAUGGUCCUAUCUCUUCUAUGUUACAUUCUCCUCCACCACCUUCUUCGUCUCUUAUGCCUGCCAUGAUCCAUCAACAACAUCCGCCACAGAAUCAAAACACCGUGUCCCCUGCGAAUUUGAAUUGGCAUGAUUGGCAAUAUUAUAUGAAUCAACAACACCAUCCCUCAUUGACAAAAUAAUUUAUGAUUUCUUUUUGUUUUUUAUGAUAGAUUCCCCCAUUCUUCCACUUGUAGUUUACUGUUAUUCCCCCCCUUUUUUUUUUAUCAAAACAUAAUAAAGUUGCAUCUUGUUUUUUUGGAUAUCUUUUA